UCAGUUUACUGGACUGAUCGUAGAAAGACAACAACUGAUAGUAGAAGACAGAAAGUGGACUCAUAACAACAGCAUCUGAUAUGAGUCAGAAAAUAAGAACCAGUCACUGGAGGAGCAGCUGAUGUUUUUACAGCAGAAAUGAUGUCAAGGGUUUGAUGUUCAGGUGAAUGAUUUGUGUUUCCUCUGCAGGUGAAGGUAGAAAGUGUGUGUGAGCUGAUGUGAAUCCAGCAGAAUGGAUCGGUGUGAGGACAGAGAGAAGGGAGUCCCUCCCUCUAAAACCACUCUGAGUGGAGAACGUGAGAACCAGACCAGAGAUCAGAGGAAUGAACCUGAACCUGAACCCAGUGGUGUGUCCUUAAAGAGCUACAAGUCAAAUGACAGUAUCACUGAAUAUAAACAAAAACUAAGGUCCCAUAAGAGAGCAGACUCUCUUGAACCUGGUCCCAGUUGUGUGUCCUUCAAGAGCGACAAAUCAAUGGGUCGCUUCAUUACUUUUGAACAAAAGCAGCCUUCUGCUACAAACAGAACAAAGCAGCAGUUCAGACCAGAGACGCCUGAAUCUGAACCUGGUCCCAGCUGUGUGUCCUUCAAGAGCGACGAUUCGAUGGGUCGAGACGUUGAUUUUAAACAAGAACAUCCUUCUGCUGUAAAGAGGAGGAAGCUGGAAAAUCAAACUCCACCUGAACCCAAAGCCAGCAGGGCGUCUAAGAAGAGAGGAUGGACUGAGAAGGAAGAUAAGAUAUCAAGGAAAAGGAGUCACUCUGUGGAUCGGAUAAUGAAGCAGCAGAGUUUAAAUGUUCUCAGUGAUCAGUCUGUUCAUCAGCAUCAAACACAGCUGGACUCCAUAUUUAAGUCUGGUUCUCAUUCAGACAGUUUUCUGAAUUUCCCGAGGAGAAUGAAGCAGGAGGAGCUGGUUGAACAUCUGCAGAUCAGACACUUUGCUGAAGUUUGUCAACGUGAACUUAAAUCUAGUCUGAAGGAGAAGUUCCAGUGUGUGUUUGAGGGGAUUGCUAAAGCAGGAAACUCAACUCUUCUGAAUGAGAUCUACACAGAGCUCUACAUCACAGAGGGAGAGACUAUAGAGGUCAAUGAUGAACAUGAGGUCAGACAGAUUGAAACAGCAUCCAGGAAACUAGUCAGACCAGAAACAACCAUCAGACCAGAAGACAUCUUUAAAGCCUCACCUGGAAGACAGAAACCAAUCAGAAGAGUGAUGACAAAGGGAGUGGCUGGCAUUGGGAAAACAGUCUUAACACAGAAGUUCACUCUGGACUGGGCUGAAGACAAAGCCAACCAGGACAUCCACUUCACAUUUCCAUUGACUUUCAGAGAGCUGAAUGUGUUGAAAGACAGAAAGUUCAGCUUGGUGGAACUUGUUCAUCACUUCUUCACUGAAACCAAAGAAGCAGGAAUCUGCAGCUUUGAAGAGUUCCAGGUUGUGUUCAUCUUUGACGGUCUGGAUGAGUGUCGACUUCCUCUGGACUUCCACAAGACUGAGAUCCUGACUGAUGUUACAGAGUCCACCUCAGUGGAUGUGCUGCUGACAAACCUCAUCCUGGGGAAACUGCUUCCCUCUGCUCACCUCUGGAUAACCACACGACCUGCAGCAGCCAAUCAGAUCCCUCCUGAGUGUGUUGACAUGGUGACAGAGGUCAGAGGGUUCACUGACCCCCAGAAGGAGGAGUACUUCAGGAAGAGAUUCAGAGAUGAGGAGCAGGCCAGCAGCAUCAUCUCCCACAUCAAGACAUCACAAAGCCUCCAUAUCAUGUGUCACAUCCCAGUCUUCUGCUGGAUCUCUGCUACAGUUCUGGAGGAUGUGUUGGAAACCAGAGAGAGAGGAGAGCUGCCCAAGACCCUGACUGAGAUGUACAUCCACUUCCUGGUGGUUCAGACCAAAAGGAGAAUGGAGACAGACUGGACAGAAAGACAGAGACAACAGAAGAUGGUUGGGUCUCUGGGAAAACUGUCUUUUGUUCAGCUGCUGAAAGGAAACCUGAUCUUCUAUGAAUCAGACCUGACAGAGUGUGGCAUCGAUAUCAGAGCAGCCUCAGUGUACUCAGGAGUGUUGACACAGAUCUUUAAAGAGGAGAGAGGACUGUACCAGGACAAGGUGUUCUGCUUCGUCCAUCUGAGUGUUCAGGAGUUUCUGGCUGCUCUACAUGUUCAUCGGACCUUCAUCAACUUUUCUGUCAAUCUGAUGGAAGAACAGAUAACUUGUCAGAAGACUAAAAUGUCUUCCCAACUAAAUCUGACACAUCUCCACCAGAGAGCUGUGAACAAAGCCUUACAGAGUCCAAAUGGACACCUGGACUUGUUCCUCCGCUUCCUCCUGGGUCUUUCACUGGAGACUAAUCAGACUCUUCUACGAGGCCUGAUGAAACAGACAAAAAGCUCAAAGACUAGUGAGGAAACAGUCCAUUUCAUCAAGAAGAAGAUCAGUGAGGAUGUGUCUGUAGAGAGAAGCAUCAACCUGUUCCACUGUCUGAAUGAACUGAAUGAUCGUUCUCUAGUGGAGGAGAUCCAACAGUCCCUGAAAUCAGGACGUCUCUCCACUGAUCAACUGUCUCCUGCUCAGUGGUCAGCUCUGGUCUUCAUCUUACUGUCAUCAGAAAAUAUUCUGGAUGAGUUUGACCUGAAGAAAUACUUUCCUUCAGAGAAAGCUCUUCUGAGGCUGCUGCCAGUGGUCAAAGCCUCCAACAAAGCUCUACUCAGUGGCUGUAAACUCUCAAAAAGAAGCUGUGAAGCUCUGUCCUCAGUUCUCAGCUCCCAGUCCUCUAAUCUGACAGAACUGGACCUGAGUAACAACAACCUGCAGGAUUCAGGAGUGGAGCAGCUGUGCACUGGACUGGAGAGUCCAGACUGUAAACUGGAGUCUCUGAGAUUGAUUCGUUGCAGUUUGUCAGAGAUGUGCUGUGAUUCUCUGGGUUCAGCUCUGAAGUCCAACCCCUCCCAUCUAAAACAUCUGGAUCUGAGUGAAAACAGUCUCAAGGAUUCAGGAGUGAAGCAUCUGUGUGGUUUUCUGGAGUGUCCAGACUGUAGACUGGAGACUCUGAGACUGAGUUACUGCAGUUUGUCAGAGAUCAGCUGUGAUUAUCUGGUCUCAGCUCUGAAGUCCAACCCCUCCCAUCUGAAACAUCUGGACCUGAGUCAAAACAACCUGCAGGAUUCAGGAGUGAAGCAGCUUCUUGUUCUUGUGAAGAGUCCAGACUGUAGACUGGAGACUCUGAGACUCAGUGACUGUAAUCUCUCAAAAAGAAGCUGUGAAGCUCUGUCCUCAGUUCUCAGCUCCCAGUCCUCUAAUCUGACAGAACUGGACCUGAGUAACAACAACCUGGAGGAUUCAGGAGUGGAGCAGCUGUGUACUGGACUGAAGAGUCCAGACUGUAAAGUGGAGAACAUGCUGAUGGAUCACCACAACCAGAGCAGCCCUCAGGACGACACCACGACAAGAACCUGGACGGGAGGAUCUGAGGGGAAAGAUUCAGGUGGAGAAAUCCCUCCUGAGAAAAUCUAA